AUGGGGACUUCCUGCCGGGUGUUCCUGGUGCUGGUCUGUCUUCUCACAGGGCCCGGUCUACUGCUUGGCCAGCUGCCGUCCAUCCUCCCGGACGAGAGUGACAAGGUGGUGUCGCUGAACACGCCCUUCUCUCUGAGAUGCUCCGGGGACAGUGAGGUGAGCUGGCAGUAUCCCUCGUAUGAGGACCAGGACCUUGUGGUGAACAUCAGACCUGAGGAGAACAACAGUGGCCUCUUUGUGUCGGUGCUGGAGGUGAGCAGUGCCUCAGCCAGGCACACGGGGCUGUACACCUGCUACUACAAUCACACGCAGACGGAGGAGGCUGAGCUCAAGGGCAGCCAUGUCUAUGUCUACGUGCCAGACCCAGAUGUGGCCUUCGUACCCGUGGGCAUGACGGAGUCCUUGAUUGUUGUGAUGGAUGACGACUCCACCACCAUCCCUUGCCGCACGACGGACCCAAAGACGCCUGUCACCCUGCACAACAGCCAGGGGGUGGUCCCCGCCUCAUACAACAGCAAGACAGGCUUCGUGGGGACCUUCCUCCAUGGGCCCUAUGUCUGUGAGGCCACUGUCCGAGGACGGAAGUUCCAGACCAUCCCGUUUAAUAUUUAUGCUGUGACAGUGGCAGCGUCCGAGAUGAACAUGGAGAUAGAGGCACCCCAAACCGUGUAUAAGUCAGGGGAGACGAUCACGGUCCUGUGUUCCGUCUUCAACAACGAGGUGGUGGACCUGCAGUGGAUCUACCCCGGAGGAGAGAAUGGUAAAGGCACCAUCAUGCUGGAGGAAUUCAAGGUCCCAUCCAUGAAACUGGUGUACACAUUGACGGUCCCCAAGGCCACGGUGAAGGACAGUGGAGAUUACGAAUGUACGGCCCGACUGGCCACCAGGGAGGUCCAAGAGACGAAGAGAGUCACUGUCUCUGUGCACGAGAGAGGCUUCGUGGACAUCCAGCCUGCCGUCAGCCCGUGGGAGGCCGUCAACCUGCAUGAGGUCAGGCACUUCGUGGUGGACGUGCAGGCCUACCCGCCACCCCACAUUUCCUGGCUGAAAGACAACCUGACGCUCACGGCAAACCUCACGGAGAUCACCACGGACGUGGAGAAGGUGCAGGAGACCAGGUAUCGAAGCAAAUUAAAACUGAUUCGGGCCAAGGAGGAAGACAGUGGCCGUUACACAAUCGUGGCUCGGAACGAAGACGCCCUGAAGACCUUCUCGUUUGAGCUGCUGACACAAGUUCCUGCUUCCAUCCUGGACCUGGUCGAUGAUCACCACGGCUCUUCAGGGGGACAGACAGUGAGGUGCAUGGCGGCCGGCACACCGCUUCCAGACAUUGAGUGGAUGGUUUGCAAGGAUAUUAAGAGAUGCAACAAUGAAACUUCGUGGACGAUGCUGGCUGGCAACCUCUCCAACAUCAUCAUGGAGGCCCAGCCCCGGGGCAGGAGCACCGUGGAGAGCCGUGUGGCUUUCGCCAAGGUGGAGGAGACCCUUGCGGUCCGGUGCCUGGCCCGGAAUCUCCUCGGAGCCGAGAGCCGGGAGCUGAAGCUGGUGGCUGCCACCCUGCGUUCUGAGCUCACCGUGGCGGCUGCAGUUCUCGUGCUGCUGGCGAUUGUGAUCAUCUCGCUGAUUGUCCUGGUUGUCAUUUGGAAGCAGAAACCGAGAUAUGAGAUUCGCUGGAGAGUCAUUGAGUCUAUCAGCCCCGAUGGACACGAGUACAUCUACGUGGACCCAAUGCAGCUGCCAUACGACUCGAGAUGGGAGUUUCCGAGAGAUGGACUCGUGCUUGGCCGUGUCCUGGGAUCAGGAGCAUUUGGGAAAGUGGUUGAAGGAACAGCCUACGGAUUAAGCCGCUCCCAGCCUGUCAUGAAGGUGGCGGUGAAGAUGCUGAAACCCACAGCCAGAUCCAGUGAGAAGCAAGCACUCAUGUCCGAACUGAGGAUCAUGACUCACCUGGGGCCACACCUGAACAUUGUGAACCUGCUGGGAGCCUGCACCAAGUCAGGCCCCAUUUACAUCAUCACUGAGUACUGCUUCUACGGAGACUUGGUCAACUACCUGCACAAGAACAGGGACAGCUUCCUGAGCCGCCACCCUGAGAAGCCCAAGAAGGAGCUGGACAUCUUUGGACUGAACCCAGCUGAUGAAAGCACACGGAGCUACGUGAUCCUGUCCUUCGAGAACACUGGUGACUACAUGGACAUGAAGCAGGGGGACACGACACAAUACGUCCCCAUGCUGGAGAGGAGGGAGGCGUCCAGGUACUCGGACAUCCAGAGGUCUCUGUAUGACCGUCCGGCCUCAUACAAGAAGAAGGCUGUGCUCGACUCAGAAGUCAAGAACCUCCUUUCUGAUGAUGACUCAGAAGGCCUCACUCUGCUGGAUUUGUUGAGCUUCACCUACCAAGUUGCCCGAGGAAUGGAGUUCCUGGCUUCAAAAAAUUGCGUUCACCGGGACCUGGCUGCUCGCAACGUCCUCCUGGCACAGGGGAAAAUUGUGAAGAUUUGUGACUUCGGUCUGGCCAGAGACAUCAUGCACGACUCCAACUAUGUGUCGAAAGGCAGUACCUUCCUUCCUGUGAAGUGGAUGGCUCCUGAGAGCAUCUUCGACAACCUCUACACCACGCUGAGCGACGUCUGGUCCUAUGGCAUCCUGCUGUGGGAGAUCUUCUCCCUUGGUGGCACCCCAUACCCUGGCAUGAUGGUGGACUCCACUUUCUACAACAAGAUCAAGAGUGGAUACCGCAUGGCUAAACCUGACCAUGCCACCAGUGAAGUCUACGAGAUCAUGGUCAAGUGCUGGAACAGAGAGCCUGAGAAGAGACCCUCUUUCUUCCACCUGAGCGAGAUCGUGGAGAGCUUGCUGCCUGGCCAGUACAAGAAGAGCUAUGAGAAAAUUCACCUGGACUUCCUGAAGAGUGACCAUCCCGCCGUGGCUCGCAUGCGCGUGGGCCCGGACAAUGCCUACAUCGGUGUCACCUACAAAAACGAGGAGGACAAGCUGAAGGACUGGGAGGGUGGCCCAGACGAGCAGAGGCUGAGCGCCGACAGUGGCUACAUCAUCCCCCUGCCUGACAUUGACCCCGUCCCCGAGGAGGAGGGGGACGUGGGCAAGAGGAACAGACACAGCUCACAGACCUCCGAGGAGAGUGCCAUCGAGACCGGCUCCAGCAGCUCCACCUUCAUCAAGAGAGAGGACGAGACCAUCGAAGACAUCGACAUGAUGGACGACAUUGGCAUCGACUCCUCGGACCUGGUGGAGGACAGCUUUCUGUGA